AUGAGUAGAACCACAGUGGCUUCAGAGUACUCUGCUGAGAUACAGUCUACGCCAAUUGAACAUCGGUUUAAUCCUUAUAGUGAUAAUGGUGGUACGGUGCUAGGAAUCGCAGGUAAGGAUUUUGCUGUUCUUGCUGGUGACACAAGACAUGUUACUGGAUAUAAUAUCAACAGUAGAUAUGAACCUAGAGUGUUUGAUGUGGGUGAUAACAUUGUUAUGACAGCCAAUGGGUUUGCUGCUGAUGGUAAGGCAUUAAUUGAUCGGUUUAAGAAUCAAAUUAAAUGGUAUAAGUUCAACAACGGAGGUAAAAAGUUGGAAAUGCAAUCUGCUGCUCGUUACAUUCAACAAUUGCUUUAUGGUAAACGGUUUUUCCCAUAUUACGUUAGUACUUUAAUUGCUGGGUUAGAUGAGGAAGGCCGUGGUGCUGUAUACUCUUACGACCCUGUAGGAUCAUAUGAAAGAGAACAAUGUCGUGCUGGAGGUGCAGCAGCUAGUUUAAUCAUGCCAUUUUUGGAUAAUCAAGUCAAUUUCAAGAAUCAAUUUAUUCCUGGUACUGAUGGUAAAGAAAAGAGACCAUUCGAAUAUUUGUCAUUACAAGAAGUGAUAGAAUUAGUGAAGGAUGCUUUUAACUCUGCUGCUGAAAGACAUAUUCAUGUUGGUGAUGGAUUAGAGAUUUUGAUUGUCACUAAAGAUGGAGUUAGAACUGAGUACUCACCAUUAAAGAGAGAUUGA